CAUACACUCAUCAAAAUGUCAUCAAAAGAAGAAAAGAAAGCCGAAAAGGCCGUCAAGAGCGCUCAUAAGAAAGAGAAAAAGCGUAAAGCCAUUGAGGCUUUAGAAAAUGGAGAGGUACAAGGAGAUCCUACUUCUCCUUCCGCUGAAAAACAAAGAAGAGCUGAAAAGAAAGCAGCCAAAGCAGAAGCUGAAGCUGAUGCUUCAACUGAUAAAGCAUCGGAGAAAGCUGCCAAAAAGGCAAGAAAGGAGGCAAAGAAAGCUAAAGCUGUCUCAGAAUCUGCUCCUGUGGAAGCAGAUGUCACAAGCACACCGAUUGCAAGCACAAGCAAAAGCACCAAUGCCGCUGCAGCUCGUGCUUACAUGGAAACAAAUAAUGUCACAAUUGAGGCACCGGAAGAAUCAAACGAAAAACCACCUUUGCCAAUGCUUUCGUUCGACGAAUUGAAAGGAAGGAUUGAUGAUAGAUUAAAGAAAGAGUUGGACAGUAACAAAUUCACAAAACCUACACCCAUUCAAGCUUGCUGCUGGAGUGUUUUGCUUGCAAACAAGGAUGUCGUUGGUAUCGCCGAAACAGGCUCUGGAAAAACAAUGGCAUUCGGUUUACCUGCUAUGCAACAUAUCCUUCAAUUACCCGCAUCUGAAAAUGGUCAACAGAAAAAGGGAAAAGGAAAGUACGGCAAAGGUGGACAAAACGUAUCUGUCUUAGUCAUUGCCCCUACACGUGAGUUAGCCAUUCAAACUCAAGUCACGAUGGAAAAGUUGGCAGCUUCAAUAGAUUGCGCUUCUAUAUGCUUGUACGGAGGUGUAUCUAAACCUGAUCAGAUCAGACAGUUACAAGCAUCGCCAAAAACAAUCAGAGCGGUUGUAGGAACACCCGGUCGUGUUUUGGAUCUUGCAAGGGAAGGAAGUCUAGACUUGAGCAAUGUCACAUACGCAGUUUUGGAUGAAGCAGAUCGAAUGCUUGAUGUUGGUUUUGAACCUGAUAUUCGUGCAAUUUUGGGAAUGACACGCAACAAAGAUGAAGGUAGACAUACAAGCAUGUUUUCAGCUACAUGGCCAAUGGACUUGCGUGGAUUGGCGGAAACAUUCAUGCGUGAACCAAUGAGAGUGACGAUCGGAAGUGAUGAAUUAUCAGCAAACCAUCGGGUUGAACAAUCAGUUGAAGUGUUGGAAGAUUCAAGAGCCAAACAAGGACGUUUGGAAACUUUCUUACGCAAUAUUGGAGCAGGUCCAAGAGGUCGUUCACCAAAAGAUAAGGUGAUCAUCUUUGCCUUGUACAAAAAAGAAGCACAACGUGUUGAAGAUACACUGAAACGUAAAGGAUACAAUGUUGCCGGUAUUCAUGGAGAUUUAAGUCAACAACAAAGAAUUGCAAGUUUGGAUGCUUUCAAAUCCGGUGAAGCACCUCUUUUGGUGGCUACUGAUGUAGCUGCAAGAGGUAUCGAUGUACCUUUGGUGGAAUAUGUGGUAAACUACACAUUCCCUUUAACAAUUGAAGAUUACGUUCACAGAAUCGGUAGAACAGGUCGAGCAGGCAGAACGGGAAAAAGUAUCACCUUUUUCACUUCCGAAGACAAAUCUCAUGCAGGUGAAUUGAUCAGAAUCUUGAAAGAUUCAAAUCAACCUGUACCCAAGGAAAUGUUGCAAUUCCCGACAACCAUCAAGCGUAAAGAACAUGGAGCAUACGGUGCACAUUUCAGAGAAUUGGUGCCCGGUAAAGCCAAGAAGAUCACUUUUGAUGACUAA